UGCAUUUCCCCUUUAGUCUGGGAAGUACUGAAAACAUCACUGAACAUAUAACACAUCUGAGAAUGUUUUCCGUUAUGAUGAUCAGCUGACUUUUCAGCAACGCACGAGAGCUGUUUUUACGCAGACGUAUUUGUUUACGGGGGGAAAAAAUGUAUGGAGAACGAAGCUCCUCAUUUUAAUUCAGCAGAAAAUUCCCAGUGCUUUCUGAAUGUAUCUCCCCUCAUUUUCAUGUCCAUUUGAAAUAUGUGCGAUGAGGAGCACGCGCGUCCACUCGCAGUGGGCAUUUCGCAUCUACCGCCUGUUUUUUUUUCUCCAUUGUUACUCAAAAUCUAACGGAACCGUUUACGAGAGCCGGUGUCUGAUCCUUAUCACAUGCAGAGACUGAUCUCGUCAUCUUGCGUAACAUCGAGGAAGAUCUCAUCCUUUCAGCAUCUGAUUUGUUCUUUGUGCACGAGUCGUUUUGAGGACUUGAUUAGCUCGCAGCUCCAUCAGAGCAUCACUCAUUCAUUGCUCGAGUGAAGCUCUAAUUUCUCUGGUGUGCAUGAGCGAAAGAUUGAGAUGGAUUGCCGGUUGCAAGGAAACCCCUGGAGAUGAGCGAAUGCACCCUGUCUGCUGGUCUGAACCCUUUGAUAUAGACGAACAGAGGCACCACGGAUGACCACCAAUGACCUUCACCACUGAUCCAUUUAUCGUUUUGUCUCAGAUUCUGUAAUGGAAAAUCGAGAUGAUGAGGGUGACCACCAGCACAGCACCAUGGGGAGCGAAGGGGGCACGGCAGGGGAAGGCACCCCUCCUCCCAAGCGCAAGGGAAAGUUCUCUACCCUGGGUAAGAUCUUCAAACCCUGGAAAUGGAGGAAGAAGAAAAGCAGCGAGAAGUUUCAGGAAACUUCAGAAGUUUUGGAAAGAAAGAUGUCGAUGAGGAGGCCAAGACAGGAACUGAUCGAGCAGGGAGUGCUAAAGGAGCUUCCUGACAAUGAAUCAGGUGAGGCCCAUGGCCACAAGCCACACUAUGUGAAGAAUGGUCACACUCUGCCUGUAGGAGUUGGUGGAGGUCUGGGGCUAGAGCAGGUUCACUCGCCCUCUGAAUCUGAAUUCAGGGUCAACCCUGUCUGGCUGCCGCAGCAUGAUGACCGCAGAGGUCGCGCCCCCUCUGAUGGGGAUCAUCGCGGAGCAUUGGGCCCCCGGGCCUCCAAUCAGGACGAAGGCAGGAGAAGCGGUUGGUCUGUCGGGACGGAGGACUGGAAAUCUAAUCUAGCCUGGCAGGGAGAUGAUAUCCGACGUGGAGGAAGACCUCACGCUGAAGUGGACAAGAGGCCUGGGCUAAUGAAAGCCCCAUCUGAGGAUGGGCGCAGGACUCGCCCCGAAUCAGACUGGAAGCCGACGCUUCCCCGUCACUCGUCUGUCGAAGAGGGAAGGGGAAGACGAGAGUCUGACAGCAAUCAAUAUGUUCCUAACUCAGAGGUUCUGAGGGACACACUGCGAGAGCCUCUGCCCCCCAAGCAAUCUGUCAUGCCCCCGAAAUGGCUUAUGACCUCCACCCCGGAACCUGGUGUUGACAGCUUGCCUCGCACCCCUGUCCACAACCCUGCAGCUGGUUUCUCCUCUUCCUCAGCCUCUUCCAACUCCUCCUCCUCCUCAGCUGUCAGCACAGCUGGAAAACCGCUACGAAACGUCUCCUCAGCUGGUGCCAACACACAAGCUUCCAGUGGCCCUCCCCUCACCACUUCCUCAGGGCCAUCCUCAAUGGGCGCUGUCCCAACUCAGCCCACAAAACAGCCCCCCCUCCCUCCACCCAAGCCAAUCAACCGUAGCAACAACCCCGCCAUGUUGGCCUCCACCCUGCACGGGGGUGACGGCAGCGAUUUCCCCCUCUACUGGUCCUGUUGGAAGCGUGAGGGUGACCAUGACGUCUACCUGUCCCUGCCUGUCUACCUCUGCCGGCGGGCAGGAGGCAUGCGCACAGCUGAACUUUCACAAGGAGGCACCAACCUAGUACCAGUCAAACCUUCGCCCCCCAUGCCCCCGAAGAGAACCACGCCUGUUACCAAGCGCAAUGCAGAAGACUCCCCACUGACCAUUUCCUCUCUUCCCUCCAUUCUGUCCGAGGACAUGAGGGCCAACAUCCCUGGGGGCUACCAGCUGCCCCCACCUCCCCCAUCCCCACCUCUCCCCUCACACAUCCCCCCGUCCCCUCCACGGGCCCACACCCAUCACCUCCUCCACCAACACUCCUACCCCUACCCCCUGCCCCAGCCACUUCCUGUCCAUUUUGACCCCCCCAGCCCUCCAGAGGAACCGCCUGCCCGUCAAGCACCCGUUCCCUUACACAUCAUGAUCCAGAGGGCGCUCAGUAGCCCAGGACCCACCCUCCCACACCCAGAUGGCUCCCAGCGUGCCCACUCACUGCUGUUUGAGACACCGCCGGAGUACCAGGGCGGCCGCCCACUGCCAGUGACCAUCCAGCCUCUCAAACUGGAUGAGGAUGACUACUCUGAUGAAGAGGAGGAGGAAGAGGAUGACGAUGAUGAUGAUGAGGAACCUCCACCUGAUCACCUCCCAUCCCCUCAGUCCCAACCAGAUCUUGAGCCUCGUAGCCGCAGAUGUCUGGUGGGGGACCUGAGCGUCAGCAUCAUCCCUGAAGGAAACAACAGCAGUGAGGAAGAGGAAGAUGAGGAAGAUCAGCAGCCAGAGGAGAGCGAUUCAGACGGACCCGUGCUGUACAAGGAUGAUGAAUCAGAUGAAGACGAGGAGGAUGAUAGCCCACCAAGUGCUCUGGCCAGCAGGGUGAAAAGGAAGGACACAUUGGCGCUGAAGCUGAGCAGUCGGCCCUCUGCCCCAGACAGACAGGCUCCUGAGAGGCAGGCCAAAGUAGAGCACACGGGUCUGUCGUGGCAGAGCAAGGAGCAGUGGGAGGCCAUCCGCACACAGAUUGGUAGUGCACUCACUCGACGAUUGAGCCAGAGACCUACUGCUGAGGAGUUGGAACAGAGAAACAUUCUCCAGCCCAAAAACGAAGCGGACAGACAAGCAGAGGUCAGGGAGAUCAAGCGCAGACUCACCAGAAAGUUGAGUCAACGACCGACUGUAGCCGAACUACAGGCUCGGAAAAUAUUACGUUUCCACGAGUACGUGGAGGUCACGUGCGCUCAGGACUAUGACCGCCGCGCUGACAAGCCAUGGACCAAACUCACCCCCGCAGACAAGGCUGCUAUUCGUAAAGAGCUCAAUGAGUUUAAGAGCUCUGAGAUGGAAGUGCACGAGGAAAGCAGAAUUUACACAAGGUUCCAUCGUCCUUAGCGGCGUCUUUUAACUGGAAAACGAAGCACUUAAAGGCCGGUGGAUAUUGGGAUGAAAUGGCUGUUUUUUCUGGUGAGGAGCCUCAGGGUGUCAGAGCGCCUCUCAGACUGCUUUUACUAUGAAUGUACUUCUUCAAUGCCACAGGGUCACCUGGAGCAUUCAGAAACGAAUCAAAACAAAAUCAAAACAGACCGUUUCUCAGUUGUCCACCCACUGACGUGUGGGACGGGUGACCUCUGGGGGACAGAUGCAGUAUUUCUCCUGGACUUUAGGGGACCCACGUGCCAAGAACGAGAGGCGAUGAAGGACUUUUUAGAGGAUGUUACUUGUGCCAAUGGCAGAUAUUCCUCUCUCUACUCUCUGAAUGGCCUUUUUUCUGCUUUUACUUCAUAUGAUAAACUUUAUUUCCUUUCAGGGAAGUGUAACAAAGUUAAAAAUAAUAGUAAUAAUAAUGAUGUGACAAUAAUAAAUACAGUAAUAAGUGUUAGUUACUGACAAAUAGCAGGGCAGACAGAGGAACUGCAAGAAUAAGGCCUGAGCCUGGACAUUAAUUGUGUAUUUGUGUAUGUUUGUAUAGGCUGCUGUAAUUUUUCUCUUAGUUUGGAACGUUCUAAAUGUUAGAUACUUUAAGGCUCAAGAUUUUUUUUUUUUUUUUCAUAACUUUCGCUUUAUUCGAGACAGGGUUACAGAUUCCCCCUACUUUGUGGUCCUCACUGUUUGAAAAGAAUAGAACAUAGGUUAAAUUUUUAGAUAGAAUGUAAGCAUUGCAUAUCUCACUAUUGAUCUACAGCGAAACUGUGAUCUGUUAUCUUUUACAAUCUUUUUUUAUUAAUUGCAUCACCUCUGUAAAAGUGAGGUCCAGCUAUUUCAGUUUUAAGAAGUGUCCAAAUUAUGUUUACAAAAUAUUUUAUUUCUAAAUAAAAAGGAUUUCCUGAUUAUUUAUUACCCAUUUAAAAGGAGAAUGAAUUUAGUCCGGACACGCACUGAUACAGCUCUAAAAAUGACGUUUUUGUAAAGUACUGUUGACAGGGAGGUUUUUGCGGCAGGAACUCUUCUUCAUUUUUUUGCCAUUAUUUUGUCAUUUAUGUUGUUUUUGGCCAGUAGGAUUAUAGGAAUUGCUCUGCUGUACAGAUCUAUUCUGUAGAUGAAACUGACUGUUUGUGUAUAUCUUGUCUUCCUUUUAUUUUAAAAAAUAUUUUAAAUAUAUUGAAACUCAUAUAGGUUACUAUUUUUUUAAGCACAAAAUUAUUAGUGUAUUAUUCAGCACUACAAGAAUGGGAGCAGAAUGUUCCAUUGUAAUGUAGCGGUGUAUAUUAUUGCUUUUUAAUUAUAUGUGAAACUGACAGUAAAUUUGCUGUUUAGGUGUAAACACUAAAUCUAAAUUAAAAUGCUUACCAAUAA